CAUAUUUUUCUAUCGCUUGCCCUAGUUAGGGCUGUGAGCGAUGACAAUGGCGCGAGCGCGUGCGCGGCUGCCAUCUCUCCACUUGCCAGGAGGAGCUGGCGAAGCAUUCUCUUUUGUUGCCAGGCGAAUGCAACACUCGGACAAGGGCAUGAUCGGGACCACGGUUCUUUGCAUCCGCAAGAAUGACUCGGUGGUGAUAAUCGGGGACGGGCAAGUCACCAUGGGCGCCGAGAUACUCAAGCCCAACGUACGUAAGGUCCGAAGGAUUGGGGAGAAUGUGAUCGGAGGCUUUGCAGGCGCCACCGCUGAUGCUUUCACUCUGUUUGAAAGGCUGGAGACGAAGCUGGAAGAACACCCUGGCCAGCUAACGCGGGCUGCGGUGGAGCUUGCAAAAGCAUGGAGAACUGACAAGUUCCUUCGAAGGCUCGAUGCAUUGAUGGUGGUAGCGGAUGCCGAGAUAUCCUUGACGAUCACAGGCACUGGAGAUGUUCUAGAGCCGUAUGAUGGAAUUGUGGGCAUUGGCUCUGGAGGCUCGUAUGCCUCCGCUGCUGCUCGGGCUCUCAUGGAUCUCCCUGACAUGGACGCCGAGAAGAUCGCUAGAAAGGCCAUGAAAAUCGCCGCCGACUGUUGCAUCUACACGAACCACAACUUCACGCUCGAGACGAUCAAGGUGACGCCCAGGAGCCCCGACGUUGACAAUCAAGCCGCUACUAUAUCGGUGCCGGGAGCCACCACUACCAAGGGAUCCUGAUUGAUUGACUGACCAUGUAACAUCACGAGUUGAGUAUCAGCAAACUUAGUCGCGGUGAAUGUGGAAUAAGAAGGUUCAUUGCACGA